UGAUCCAGGGCGGAAGACUGCUGCUAACUAGUUUGGUUGAUGUUUUGAUGUUGGCCUAACAUCAAUGGUUAUGGGCAGCAGUGAUCAACUUUUGUUUCCGUGUUUAUUUAUUUUUUACUAAAAAGAAGGGAUGAAGCAAAAAUCGAUCAAAGUCAUUAAACAUAAAUACCGUUUUUUUGAGAAUUAAAACUGUAACUGUAAUCUUUGAAUUCCUGCAAAAGUGCUGACAAAUGUGAUUGAACAAAAAAACCUCAGCAGUUGCAGGAACUGAAAAUAAAAGCUUCAACUUUUCCUCUGCCGUCUUACACAACGUCCGAAACCCUGGCAGAGAACACAAGAUGAAGCGUCUACUCACGGUGGUGCUGCUGACCGUGUGUGCUGCGGCACCUGAAGAUCUCACCGGAAAAAUGUUCAGCUUUCCACAGGAGACUAAAACGGACCAUGUAAAGCUGAUCACACCAAGAGAAGAAUUCAAAGCCAUUACUGUCUGUCUCAGGUCCUUCACAGACCUCAGCAGAAACCACGGCCUGUUCUCUCUGGCAACUCCUGCCUUCGCCAAUGCCUUCCUGAUCUUUAAGAAGAGUGCCUCAGACCAGAUAGAGAUGAACAUCAGGAAUAAAGGCAUAAGCUUCUUCGGACAGGAAUACAAGCUGAACACCUGGCAGUCUGUCUGUACGUCCUGGGAUGGAGCUAAUGGCCUGGUACAGGUUUGGAUCGAUGGAAAGCCUAGUGCCAGACGAUACUGUUCUGAUGGAACCAUAACGGGACACGCUUUGAUCAUGUUAGGACAGGAGCAGGAUUCCCAUGGCGGCGGAUUUGACCCUCAGCAGACCUUCGUCGGCAUGACAACGGACGUCCAUAUGUGGGACUUUGUCCUCUCUCCCUGUGAGAUCCAGCGCUUUGUGGAUGACCUUAACUUCUCCCCAGGCAAUGUGAUUAACUGGAGAGCCCUUGAGUACCAGAUUGUAGGGAAAAUAAUUUUGGAAAACAAACAGGGCGCGUGUUCAUGUCUAAUUAAAAAGAAGGUGUCGAAUAUGUUUGGUCAGUCCUGUCAGGCUUGAGGGAUAUUAACCAAACGUGUUGGCAAUCAAUGUAAAAUGAUUGUUCAUGACAUGAGAUUGAUAUCAAUAAAGGUGUAAAUGCCUCUGCUAAAUGUG